AUGCCUCAGCACAGCUUACGCAGCAAAUCAGCCACGGGCAUUUUUCCAAGUCUAAUCGUACAUGGGUUUCCACUUAGACCCAAGUCAAGCACGAAUGAGACGUUCGUGAGUUAUGAGCUAAUAAUGUACUUUGGACCAAUGCAUUCGGGAUUGAUGUGUCAAAUCUCUCUAAGAAAACUCAAUAAUUUGUUGGUUAGUUGCUACUCUAUGACGAGGUCCAGCCCUGGCCCUGUCCAUUUUUCAGAAAUUGAAGACCUUUUUUUACCCAUCUACCUAGGAUCCAUGGUUAACGUAUCGAGUGUUCCCCGGGUCCCCGGCCCGAGUUUGUGA